AUGAAUCAGCUAAUAUCAGACAUAAAAUAUAUCAAGUUCACUGGAGAAACAUGUGAAGUAAAAACUGCCUUUGUUAAUAUGUAUGAUCUUGCUGAUGGAACAGCUGUCUCAAUUACCAAGAGCACUGAAGAUUUAUUUGAGAAAAAGUCCAUAUCUUUCAAUAGCUGUGCAGGAUUGGGAUCUGAUGGAGCUGCUGUAAUGGUGGGGAAAAGAAAUGGGAAAAUACUUGGAGAUCCUCAGCUAAAACUGAAGGAAGCCAAAGAAGUGCGAUGGCUAUCACAUCAAUGUGCAGUGUCAACCUUGAAGAGAUGUUUACCAGCAGUUUUCAUGAGUUUGGAAAGAGAGGGGUCAGAGCGACAUGAUGCUACAGCAGCCGGCUUGGCAUCUUUCUUGAAGGAAUACAAGUUUGUAGCCACUCUGUAUAUGCUGUGUGAUAUAUUGCCUCACCUGACCAGAUUAUCACUACUCUUUCAGCGUGGGAAUGUUGUCCUUUCAUUGAUUGACCCUGUUGUAUCAAGUACAAUAACAACAAUCAGGCAUUUGGCAUAUCAUGAAGGUGACAAUAUUAAACAUCUUGAUGCAAAUGGAUAUGACGAAGCAUUAUUAGAGCAUAUUACUCUACCUACUGAAGUUGCAAAGACAGAAUUCAAAACCCAGAUAUACUAUAAAUAUAUAGACAGUGUGACAUUAAAUCUUGAGGAAAGAUUCCCAGAUAUAAAGUUAGUUAGCAGUUUCACAGUGUUUGAUCCCAGUUUCAUCACAACUAGUCAUGAGGAUGUUAUGGAAGAUGCCGGUCAGAAAGAGAAACUGGAGAUACUGUGUGAACAUUAUUCUCUUGAUGAAGAAGUGGUUUUCUCUGAGUGGGAUUUAUUCAAAGAAACAAUGAUGAGGAAUAAGAACAAGCCAUAUCAUGACAUCCUCAAGAUGCUCACUUCAGUCUACAAGGAAUUGUUUCCCAACUUAAGCAAGAUGGCAGCUGUUGCAAUGGUUCUCCCAGUAUCAACUGUAGAUUGUGAAAGAGGUUUCUCCACAAUGGCACGAGUGAAGACAGAAUCCAGAAACAGGUUAUCAGAAAAGGUUUUGAACUGGCUGAUGAUGAUCAAGGUAGAGGGUCCACCUAUUUCUCAGUUCAACUUCACCAAAGUUGUAGAGAAAUGGGCCAAUGUGAAGACCAGACGAAUCUCAAUUAUUUAG